CAAAGUGAAUCCACAUUGUAAAAUGGGCAAUUGACUACUUUGGGCAGGGUUACAUUACUUUCUUAUAGACCCAAAGGGCAAUGUUUUCGUUACAUCAUGGAAUGGAAGUCCUACACACACUGGAUAUAUAUUAACGGGAAAUAGGGACGCUUCUACUACACAGUGACUUUGAACUCGUUUAACACUAUCGCAAAACUGUAAGACAGCUGUAUAUCGAAGAAGACAGGCAUUAACUGGAUAGGAGUAACCUGUAUCAUAUUACGUCUUACUACAAAACAUAAUUAGACAUGUAUUUUCCAGGUGCUGUACAUAGUUACACAACAUGAUGUGGCGUCACUGAUAGGUCUAGAUAUAUCCAAGUAAUGAGUGGUAACACCAAAGCACGGACUAUAUUGGAUAUGUCACUUUCAUUUUUGAUCUCUCAGGAGAAUUGAGGGCACACUAUCCACCUGAGUAUUGUUUGCUCUAUGCCAUGCUGAUGACUGAACUCCUAUACCGUUUUUACAGCCUAUGUUUACCCAUUGUAACCCGUAGACAAUAAUUCAAGGCACUGUUUUCCCCUCUUUUACUAUGCAAUGAUGAACAAUCAAUUGUAUAGAAGCGCUUUGUUGAUUCCCAGAGCCAAUGAGGAUGAUCAGGCAUUCCAAAGGGUUACGGAACCACCACCAACGGGCGAAUCUGCUACUUCAGCAACCCAUGUAGAGGCAUAUCCUUCAUGCCAAAGCAAUGAUGAUUUACAGCAUUUAAAAGACUUGUUUUUCCACUCUAAGUUAAAUCCUAACUUCGAUUGGGUUGGCUUAUGUCUGGUCCACCAACAUGAUUACAAGUUCUGGGCGAAUGUAACCCAUACUUUGGGUAUGUUAAUUCUAAAGACACUGUUCAAUUCUGAUGUUCCAUUUGAAGACUCACAUGCUUUUGGGCUAUCGGAUUGUAACUAUGUUAAUGGUGUAAAAGUACGUGCAGCCUUUGUUUUACUCGGAGGUUUACUUUCAAAUCGUUUGCCGGGUUCCCUUAGAUUGAUCGUUCGCGGUAAUGGAUAUCAGUUUUUCGAGCAUCGUAUAGGCCGACUAUUGCGUGAUAUUCCCGAUUUUGACGAAGAUGCCAUCUGCUUUAACAUGAAUGCGUUGCGUACACUACUCCCAUUUCUUCAGGAAUGUACGACAGUAAGACUCAAUUCGCUAUGCCACCGAUUCAUUACAUCGGGCUUCUGGCGUGUGAUGUGGAUGGAGGUUGGCAUGGGUCUAAAAUCAGCUUGCAGCACUCAGCGCUUGAAGUUAUUUUGUAACUUCCUCGAGUUAGCAUCCACUAUAUUCUUCGGAUCGAGGUCAUCCACUUUCUUUAAACGAAUGUACACUUCCUGUGCCAAUUCCCUUUGGGACCCGGUGGUACUUGUACUUUCCUGGGCAUUGGGUCCAAGGGCAUGCUGCAACAUGGUAACAUUCGUGGCAGACAUACUGCUCAUGAGUCAUCAAGAUGGAUGUUUGGAUGAUUUGCCUGGUAGUUGUUUGGAUUCUCUCCAUAAAUGCAUUACAACAACCGUUUCCGAGGGUGAGUCAUACCUCGAGUUAUAUGACAGCCAGACACUCGAUGAACGAAAUGAAUUCCGACACCACUAUGCCACUAUCGCCGUCAGUAUGCUGAAAUCACUGGAUAAAGUACUGACGUGCCAAAAAAAUCGCACAAUAGAAAUGGCACUGGGUGAUCUAUAUGAUAUAAGUUCCUUGGGUACUGCCAAGAUGACGUUACCACCAUUCCCGGGUUCCACUGAACAAACAGGCCCAAAGUUCGACUUUUCGGAAUGGCGUGUAUUUCCUAGGGUAUUACCAUGCUUCAACAAAGAAUGCACGCGCAUACUUCAUUUAGACAUGCCUGAGCUUCAUAUAGAUGGCGAGUUGCCUGAUUUCCGUUAUUGCGAUCAAUGUGGGAUUCCCAGUUACUGUAGCGCAGAAUGCGCAUCAGCUCAUUGGGAUUCAUAUCAUAAAGAGGUAUGUGGGUUUUUCCGGGCACCUCCUACAUUUGCCCGUUUUAUGCCACAUUCACCCGAUGAUGGCAUUGUUGUCCUUCAAACCAUGGAAGACAACUGGAUGAUGACGCCUUUCAUUGACGAGAAGGGCAAUUUAUUAACACUCUUUUAAUAUCGUACUAUAUAG